AUGGACAAACUCAGGAAAGAAGUCUACGAAUCAGACAAACCCAUCGCCAAACUAGAAAAGAAAUUCGACCUAGAUUUCGUCCCCGAACAAUCAACCGAAUCCAAACUCACCUAUCUCGGUCACUAUCCCCUCGAACCACCCCAAGAAGAUGGUCGAGGCACUUAUGGAGGAGAAUUCAUCGCCCAAGGUUUAAACGCAGCCUGGAAAUCAAUCACCCAACCAGAUUUCCAUCCUCAUUCACUUCAUGCAUACUUCGUAAAAGCCGGCACCACAGAAUCGCCAAUUAAAUGGGAAGUUAUAAAAGUUAGUGAUUCACGAACUUUUUCAAACAGGAUGGUGAUGGGAUAUCAGUCACAUAAUGAUCGAUUGGUGUUUACUUUGCAAUGUUCAUUUAUUAAGAAUAAUCAUCAUACUAAACGUGAGGAAGAAUAUAAUCAAAUAAUCAAAUCAGGUGAAGAAGCGAAAAAUAUUCCAUUUACGUUUAAAAGAACUCCUAAUCAUAUUUUUUAUAAAUAUAAAGAUAAUAUAGAUACAUUGUUAUAUAUGGAGCAUACACAUGAUAAUGUUGCUCAUGCUAUGCCCAGAGAUUUAUUAGAACAUAAUAAAUCAGUUAAUUUGGACACAAGUGGAAAUAGAGAGUUUGGAAUAUUUGUAAAAGUACUCGAUGAUUAUAAAUUGGGUCAAAAUUUCUCCAAGCAAUCUCAUAUGGGACUCGCAUUCGCCUCAGAUUCAUUAUGGUUGGCCACAGUAAUCAAAGCUAUUGGAUUACCUUUAACUUCAGAUAAUGGGUAUUUUCGAGUUAGUUUAGAUCAUAGUUUAUAUUUCUAUGAUGGAGAAUUUGAUUCUAGUGAUUGGAUAUUUAUUGAUUAUAGAUUUGUGAAUAUGAUGAAUAAUAGAAUAUUGGCAGUAUUGAAUUUCUUUGAUAUGAAUGGGAAACCAAUUGCUUGUGCUGUUCAAGAGGCAUAUGCUUUCUUUCCGAAAGAGAUUGCUGAAGCUAGUUGGGAAUUACAUGAGAGGGAAAAGAUGAGAAAGAAUGGAUUGACUGCUAAUUUAUAG